UUUAGCGGCCAUGCACAAGACUAUGUUGGCAACCACCUAAAUUAGACGUGCAAAUAAAGGCGCUUUUUAUUACGCUGUAAAAAAAACCAUGGAGGCCGGCAAGAAUGACUUUAUGCAGCAGUACAAAACAAUUUCCCUGAAACUCAAAAAGAGAUUUCUUCGCAAGCCAAAUUUGGCCGAGGUCAGCGACCAAUACACUGCCCUUGGGAAGCAGUUACAGCACCAAGACUGCCCCCAUUAUGCUGGAAUGUGUAGCCUCGCUGCCGCAAAGUGCGAGCAGUCCAUGGGAAACAGCGCAGCCGAAGCCCAGGCACUGGCACAGGGGGCACGGCAGUUCUUCAACGCCGAGGCAGACUACCACACUCUGCUGUGUCCGUCGAUCGACGAACACUUGGCGGCCGCGGUGCAUUGCUUUUCGCGAGCCAUCGACCUCUACGUGCAACUUCAGGAGCCGUCCCUGGCAGCUGCAUUGUGCACGGAAGCCGGCCAGUGUCUCCGAUCCAUCGACCGGGCGCACUUGGCGAUGUCUUUCCUGCAGCGCGCCGUCCAGUUGCAGAGCAAGUGUGCCAUGGGCUACGUGGAUGCACUUCAAGAACUGGCCACCUGCCAAAUUGAAACCGGUGACUACUCUGGGGCCCUGUCAUCAUUCACUGAAGUUUACGCAAUAUCCCAGGAAAAGAGCAUGCUUGGCGGUCGCUCGAUGGGUGCCAUGGCAACGACACUGGCAUCGGCAGAGAUCAUGCGGCUUCUCUUGCUCCUAGUGCUACAGCCAUCCGCGCAGAAAAUGCCUGCAGAGCACGCUGCCCUUCUCGACCGUUACCUCUACGACAGCCCGGAGGAGACGACGCCGAGCAAACCAAGCUACCUGAACGAGGAUGUCUUCCUGCUCCUGCAGUCACUAGUGAUGGCGUUUGAAAGCAAGGACCGAGAGUCUGUCAGACUGCUUCAAAGCCAUCUGUGGCCUUUGCUGAAGGCAGACCAAAAUGAACUUCUCCACGAAGCGGUUGACAGACUUUGCAAGUGACUGCACUACAAGACCUGAACACUGCAACAGCUGUGUGCAGCUAUCGCUGUGUGCAGCUAUCGCUGUGUGCAACCUUUUGUUGCCUGUAUAUAACAUCGUUGCCGACGACGCCAGCGGUACCUGUGAUUAUUUUAGGCUCAUGGUUGAAUGCUCUUUGUUUUUCUUGAAUUCACAGUAGCCUGCUGCGUUGUAUGGGGUCAGAAUUCUCAUGAAGUCUGUGCUGUUGAAAACUGCGUACCUGUAAGUUGAAAAAAGUCACAGAAAGUCGCAAUGGUUGAAAGAAAAUCUGUGCACUUUAUUUCCUAAAUUGAGAGUGCGCGACCCAUUCUAGGAUAAAAUGACAGUGGGCAAUCAUUCCUACUCACCGUGUUAAACAUGGGAGCAAGUACAGCAUAGAAGACUGAGUAAGUCGGCAUAAGUGUAAACUAACACAUACACACACACAAAAAAAACUUUGGACUAGUACCAACAGCUGAACGAGAUGGGCUUUAACUGCCAAACACAGCUCGUUUCAGAAGAAAAUGACUAGUUGUCAGACAGCAGUACCGGUGGGGCAUCAAACGUGGAUAUUGUGACUAGUCAUCAAAGCCAUUCACGUGCCAGUAUUACAAGAAAUGGAGUGAUCCACCCUUGUGCAAAAGAAUAAAUGCUGUAUUGAACCCGA